GUGAUUAUGCAAAAUACCAAGAUUUUCUAUAAUUAAAUUUCAAAUUAUUGGGAUUUAUAUUAUUAUGCUUAGCACGUACGCAGUUCAUAUCACUAACUAAGUGAGGUAGAGGUUCAGGCCCAUUAAGCCCAUUUAUACAUAUUUGACCUCAGGCCUAUUAAGCCCAUAUUUCUGUUACGGGUCGGUUCUUCCAACGAGGGAAUAAUAUUCUUCUCGAAAGAAAAAUCCUAUCGAACUUUCUCGAAAUUCAACAAUUUGCUCUGUGCGAAAAUCCAAUUACAAGGAUGAUCAGCAUCCUUACUCAGGAGCGUCUUCUUGGCGCUGCGUUAGGUACUGUGUUGACAAGCGUUGUGGUAUUUGAACAACGGCAAAGUAUAUGUAAGAGUAUCUCUGAGAAUCAAGCUAGAUUUUCUCCUCAUUCUCAGACAACAGUGUACGUUCCAAAAGAGGAGUCUGGCAUAGAGUUUGCACACCUAUGGAACAAAGCUGUGGACCAGGCGUUUGGGCCUCUCAUCAAGUCCCUUGGAUCACGUGGAUGGUGAAAGUGUUGUGUGAUUUCAGAGCUGAUCUAGUGUUCGUCUCUUUUGUUGUGUAAGAUUCUUACUGAGCACAUAUGCAAGUUCAUUCUCAAUUCUAGAAGUUGCAGUUCUUGCAGAUACUAUAUUAUCUAUCUUGUUGCUUAUGCUAUUGAUGUUUCUUUCCCAAUGUUACUCUGUGAGGAUCACUUGUCAGAUUUUUUAUGUGUUGUAAACACCUUAGGUGCUCCAUAGUCCCAUGUUUCAUCCCUGCUAUUAACUUGAUCCCUAUUCUUUGGACUGUAUGGAUCAAAGGGUCACUCGACGAAAAAUGUACAUUGGUAAAGUAAUUUUGUACUGUGAUGUUGGACAAUAAGUAUAAGCAUUACGUUA